GGAGGUGGCUAGGUAAUAGGAGGAGGAGCAAGAGACGUCAGGAACCCACCCAGGAUUCAGAACACCCGCUUUCCAGUUUAGCCUCUCGGGUUGGGCGCGGCCUAGCGUACGCCCCCAGGCCAGUUUUACAUAUUUUAUCAACCAUAGAGAUGACUGGAUGACCGGGAGCCUAGAGAGGACGAAGGCCACUCUCCUAGCCGAUUUCCGUUUCCGCCGAGGCAUUGGCGGUUGGUGUGCAUCAUGGCAACCGUGGCAGCCACCACCAAAGUCCCCGAGAUCCGCGAUGUGACACGAAUCGAGCGAAUUGGCGCUCACUCCCACAUCCGGGGCCUGGGACUGGAUGAUGCCCUGGAGCCACGACAGGCUUCCCAGGGCAUGGUGGGGCAGCUAGCUGCCCGGCGUGCAGCCGGCGUGGUGCUGGAGAUGAUCCGAGAAGGGAAGAUUGCGGGGCGGGCCGUCCUCAUCGCUGGCCAGCCAGGCACUGGGAAGACAGCCAUUGCCAUGGGCAUGGCCCAGGCGCUGGGCCCCGACACACCAUUCACAGCCAUCGCAGGCAGUGAGAUCUUUUCUCUGGAGAUGAGCAAGACUGAGGCUCUGACGCAAGCCUUCCGCCGGUCCAUUGGUGUCCGUAUCAAGGAGGAGACCGAGAUCAUUGAAGGUGAGGUGGUGGAGAUCCAGAUUGACCGGCCAGCCACAGGCACGGGAUCCAAGGUGGGCAAACUGACCCUCAAGACUACAGAGAUGGAGACCAUCUACGACCUGGGCACCAAGAUGAUCGAGUCCCUGACCAAGGACAAGGUCCAGGCCGGAGAUGUGAUUACCAUCGACAAGGCCACCGGCAAGAUUUCCAAGCUGGGCCGCUCCUUCACACGCGCCCGAGACUACGACGCCAUGGGCUCCCAGACCAAGUUUGUGCAGUGCCCAGACGGAGAGCUGCAAAAACGCAAGGAGGUGGUGCACACCGUGUCCCUGCACGAGAUCGACGUCAUCAACUCGCGCACGCAGGGCUUCCUGGCCCUGUUCUCAGGAGACACAGGGGAAAUCAAGUCCGAAGUCCGAGAGCAAAUCAAUGCCAAGGUGGCUGAGUGGAGGGAGGAGGGCAAGGCGGAGAUCAUCCCUGGGGUGCUGUUCAUCGACGAGGUCCACAUGCUGGACAUUGAGAGCUUCUCUUUCCUCAACCGGGCCCUGGAGAGUGACAUGGCGCCUGUGCUCAUCAUGGCCACCAACCGCGGCAUUACCCGCAUCCGGGGCACCAGCUACCAGAGUCCCCACGGCAUCCCCAUCGACCUGCUGGACCGCUUGCUCAUUGUGUCAACGUCACCCUACAGCGAGAAGGACACGAAGCAGAUUCUGCGCAUCCGCUGUGAGGAGGAGGACGUGGAGAUGAGCGAAGACGCCUACACCGUGCUGACACGCAUCGGCCUCGAGACCUCCCUGCGCUACGCCAUCCAGCUCAUCACGGCAGCCAGCCUGGUGUGCCGGAAACGGAAGGGCACAGAGGUGCAGGUGGACGACAUUAAGCGCGUGUACUCGCUCUUCCUGGACGAAUCCCGCUCCACACAGUACAUGAAGGAGUACCAGGACGCCUUCCUCUUCAAUGAGCUCAAAGGCGAAACCAUGGACACCUCCUGAGCUGGCCCUGCACCCCAACCUUUCCCAUCCCGUUUUCUACAAGUUCUAACACUGUGACUUUGUAUAAAAUGACUGAAAACUGGA